ACAACAACAAGAAAUUCUGUUGAAAGCCUGAUGUCGAAGUUGCAUGGUAUUGUGAUGCUGUUCCUGAUUAUCUUGAAUAUCUUUUGGUGGCAGCUGAUGUACUAAAGACACUGACAGUAUGAAACUGCUAGAAAUGUUGGAAAGUUGCCAAAAAAAAGGCAACUUGUUACUGUGAUUGAAAGGAAAACAAAAAUGGGAAAGAUCUCUAUCAGUAUAGGUGUUAUACUGUUUAACAAAGCACUAGCAUGCAAAGAGAAAUGGUAAAAUUGUGCUUUUGUGAUGUACAGGUAUAGUGUGAACUUACUGACAUUUGUGUGUGUAAAAUCAACUAAAUUGAGGUCAAUGAAGAGAAAAUUAGGCCAGAUGAAAGAGCUACCAAACCAGAAUGUACCUUUCAUGACAAAGGCUCAGCUUAUAUUACUAUAGGUAGUGGAAGAAGUUUAUCACCAAUUCUAAACGUUGGAAUGACUGUUUGGACCAACUGAAGAAAUUGCUGGUGGUGUGGUGGUAGUCAUUUCAAAAUGGUUUCUCCUUCUAGAGAAGAGACAGAUGAUCUUCCAGACAAGGAUGUGGCCAAAGAUUUCUAUGCCAAAUAUGAACCCAAAGAACUUUUGGGCAGGGGAGUUAGCAGUACAGUACGUCGAUGUGUGGAAAAAGAAACUGGAAAAGAUUUUGCUGCCAAGAUUAUUGAUAUAAGUGGUGAUAUAGAUGAUUCUCAGGGUCUAUCAUUAAGAGAAACAACCUUGCGAGAGAUUCAAAUUCUGAAAUUAGUUGCAGGACAUCCAUAUAUCAUUGAGCUUCAUGAUGUGUUUGAUUCUACAACAUUUAUCUUCUUGGUGUUUGAAUUGUGUAAAAAUGGAGAAUUGUUUGAUUACCUGACAAAUGUGGUUGCCCUUUCAGAGAAGAAAACAAAGGGCAUUAUGAAACAACUUUUGGAGGCGAUAGAAUUUAUUCACUCUAAAAAUGUAGUUCACCGAGAUCUAAAGCCAGAGAACAUUCUCUUGGAUGAUGACUUCAACAUCAAGAUAACCGAUUUUGGAUUUGCCAAAGUUGUAAAGCCUCAAGAGAGACAGUUUGAAUUAUGUGGAACACCUGGGUACUUGGCUCCAGAAUUACUUAAGGCAUCAAUGUAUGAGAAUGCAGUAGGCUACAACAAAGAAGUAGACAUAUGGGCAUGUGGUGUGAUCAUGUAUACCCUGUUAGUUGGCUUUCCCCCGUUCUGGCACCGUAAACAGAUGAUUAUGCUGAGAAACAUUAUGGAAGGAAAAUUUGAGUUCUGUAGUCCAGAAUGGGACGACAUUACAGAACUUCCUAAAGAUCUUAUAAGAAAGAUGUUAGUUGUAGAUCCACUGAAGAGAUUAACAGUGUCGGAAGCUUUAAAACAUGAAUUUUUCCAGGUUGUAACAACAAAAGGAAGAAUAUUUGAUGCAAGGAAAACAUUUCAGCUUGGAAUGCUCUGUGUACGAGCCAUAGUACGUUUGAAAAGAUUAAAGUACACCCCAGAGCCUUUAUCGAUUGAAGUAGCACGUAAUUACCCCUACAGGAUUAAAACACUUAGAAAGGUCGUUGAUGCCUGUGCUUUCCGUGUCUACUGCCAUUGGGUGAAGAGAGGUGAAGUCCAGAAUCGUGCUGCACUCUUCGAAAACCGACCAAAGAUUGAACUGAAACAAAUAUAUACUGAUGCGAUGAAUACCAUUACAACGUAAUGACAAAGUUCAGCUAGGUUUUGUUUAAAUUGGCUGCAAGACCAUUUCCAAAUUAUUUUUAUUUGCUUGGAGAUAUUUGUGUAAUGCUGUAGUAUUUUUCCUCAACCAGGGGAUGCAUACAAAUUGCAUUAACUGGUGUAUAAAGAAAUCGUGCAGUAUAUACCGUGUUUGAGUUUUAGUAACAUUUUAAAACUCGUUAAUGAGAUUAGGACUUCAAGUUACAAACUAAACCCAUAUUCUAUCAUUCUAAAGUUCUUCACAAGACUUAAGAUAGCAAACUCCUUUGGAACAUCACUUCUAUUGUUUAUUUACUUGUAUUCUUAAUCAGUAUUUCUCAUUUAAGUUCUGUCAUCUUGUGUUUUAAAUUCGACAUCUGUUGCUUCCAGCAGAUCUGAAAUGAAAUUUUCUUUUUCAUUCCUGGAGUGAAAGUAACUGUUUUAUUUAUUAGCAAGUAGUAGAAGGUAUUUAUUACCUAAUGAUACACAUGGAAGUCUGUGCUAUUCAGUGUUAAUUUGAAAGCCAGUAGAACUAUCUGUUCAAUGUCAGGGUAAAAUUAUAUUCAUCUUUUUGGGUGUAGUGUUACUUGUAAGUUUAUGAAUGGUCACUGAUGUAAUAAGUUUGAAGUGAAAAGGUUUUUUUACUAUUCAAAUAAAUAUAAGGUUACAUAUUAAAGGUUUACGAUAUUAGGAUAGGUGCAAUUCAUUGGAGAGACACACACAUUCCAUUAUCAUAUAUUUGUUAAUUCAGGUUUUUUAAACUAUAGCAUAAGGAGCCACAUCAGGGGUUUAUUAAUAAUAAUUUUAAUAAUUCUUGUGGUUAACUCAUCUUCUCAAUGUAACAAACUUCAAUGUCUUUACAAUUACUCUGGUAAGAAAACAAAAGCAUUAUUUUGCAAAAUUAGCAAAUUCAAAAUCAACACUAAAUGUAACACAAAGUAGUUGGACAAUGUUUUGAAAACAAAAAGUAUGCAACACUGGAGAAUAAAAAAAACACCUGUCUUAGAUAGGACAAAAAUAAGAUGAAAGUGCAUUUUUAGAAAAAAAAACAUUCAGCUUUGAUUGUGAUUUCUUUUUGUAUAUCAAAAUAUUUUAAUAUGGCAGUCUUUGUUAUGGUAAGUAAUCUGUUAAAAAAAAUUCUUCUGUGAAGCAGUGUAAGUUAUCCUAGUAAUAUCUGCAAAUCUCACAAAAACUGAAUGUAUUAGAAAUUGAAUAAAUUGUAUUUAACUUUUAUUAAAUUUUUAUAGUUUAAGUGCUGACUGAAGGAUGGGAACCAUUUUCAAUGAAAACACCAAACAAUUUCAGAAAAAUAUCAGGAAGAAUAAAAACAACAACAUAUAACUCAUGAUAUGCUGAAAUUUGUUUUAUACACUAAUUUUAACACAUUGCAAAAAUAUUCCACCAUAUAGUUAAAAAAACUAUGUGCAUUGUAUACACAUAUCCAGAGCUGGAUAGAGCAGGAUUGGAUGAAGACACUACUGUGUCAGAAGUACUUGACAUCAUUUAUAUAUAAUAAGCAGAAAAAACAUUUAUAUAGAUCAUAGACCAGAGAGGUUGCUGCAACUUUUAUAUAGAAAGAGAUAGGCAGAAAAAACAUUUAUAUAAAACAUAGACCAGAGCAAUUACUGCAACUUUUAUAUAGAAAAAGAUAGGCAGAAAAAAACACUUAUGUAAAUCAUAGACCAGAGCAGUUGCUGCAACUUUCACAUAGAAAUAGAUAGGCAGAAAAAACACUUAUAUAUAUAUAAAUCACAGACCAGAGCAGUUGCUGCAUCUUUUAUAUAGAAAGAGAUAGGCAGAAAACACAUUUAUAUAAAUCAUAGACCAGAGCAGUUGCUGCAACUUUUAUAUAGAAAUAGAUAGGCAGAAAACACAUUUAUAUAAAUCAUAGACCAGAGCAGUUGCUGCAACUUUCACAUAAAAAAGAUAGGCAGAAAAAAACACUUGUAUAAAUCAUAGACCAGAGCAGUUGUUGCAACUUUUAUAUAGAAAGAGAUAGGCAGAAAAAACAUUUAUAUAAAUCAUAGACCAGAGUGGCUGUUGCAACUUUUAUAUAGAAAGAGAUAGGCAGAAAAAACAUUUAUAUAGAUCAUAGACCAGAGGGUUGCUGCAACUUUUAUAUAGAAAGAGAUAGGCAGAAAAAACACUUAUAUAAAUCAUAGACCAGAGCAGUUGCUGCAACUUUCACAUAGAAAUAGGCAGAAAUAAUAUUUAUAUGUAUCAUAAAUUAAAGCAGUUAUAUGGCUUUAGCUAGAAGGCUCAAGGAAACAUUGCCUUGUGCAAAUUAUGUAUAGGCUUUUGUAUUAUUAGUAUAUAGCUGUAAUUAUGAAAGGUUUUUUUCAACAUUACUUGGUUUUCAGAUGCUGUUAGAAUGCAACAUCGACAGAAAUUGCACAAUAUGUUUAUGUAGAAGUAUAAACUUGGUUUAUUUAUUAGUGUUAUAUCAGUUUUUUUUAGUUAAUAUAUAUAUUUGCAUUAAGUACAGAUACAAAGAUUUCCUGUGAAAAGGUAGAUUAAAUAUUAUGCUUGUGAAUGGUAGUUUAGCAUCUUCGUGUUACACACUAUACUCUGAUCUUUUAAAGGUUCAAUUAUUGUUUUUGAAUGAUUACUUUUAUGUGAUCUUACAUGUUUAGAGACUGUUUAUUUUUCAUAGCCAGUAGAUUUAAAAGUGAUGUUAUUUUCGUUGUAAUUAAUAGCUUUGUAAAACAUUUAACAAGUGACAACUAGGUAUAUUGCCACUUUAUUUUUCAAAGCAUGUAUUACAUAGAGAUCACAUGGAGUAUUACUAUUUGGUGGUUAUUGUGAGUUAAAUAUCCAGCAUAAAUAGAUUUGUAUGUACAUCCUAAUUUGUAGCGUUGAUAUUAAAUGAACGAAAAAAAAAAGUGUCUAAAAGGUUAUCCAUAAUUUCAACAAAAAAGGGGGGGGUAACAUUUAGUAGCUGUAUUUUCAAAAGGAUUAUUUAACUAGAACUGAUAAACAGGAAAAUGGAAACCAGUUGGACAUGAAAUUACUGGUCACUUCAUUUGCUUUUAUUUCUGUCUCUAUUUCUGUUUAUGUAUUUGUAAUUUCAGAAUUGAAACUUUUAUUUUUUUAUCUUUCAAUUGAUCUGAAAUUAAUAACUGCUGAGUUUUUGCAUAGAAAAUCACCAGGUGGACAAAAUACUGGAUCUACAACCAUCUGGAAUGAACUUUGGAAGAUGAUUAGUCUAUUCACAACAUAUAGCUGUUGUUGGAAGUAUUAAUUAUAAUUUUCUUACUCUUUUUCUUUGUAUAUGGAGCUCGGGUUUCUUUCUUUUAACAUAUAUACAUGUAGAUCCUUUAGGUAUUUAAAAUUAAAUACACUAAUUCAAACUAAAGGAAACUACAGAACUGAGAGAGUGGAGAAUUAGAUAUGUGAGAAACAAGUAGGUCUGUUAAAAAACACAACUGAAUAAGAUAAUCCACCACUAUGUAUAAAGUUGAAAAAUAGUCCAUGUUCUCAGAUCUUUUCACUUGAAGAUAUCAAGGACUAUUAAGCAACAGUUUCAUUAAAGUAUUUUUUGUAUAAAUUUGAGACAAAUUAGAAAGACUUGUGAUUAUCUGGAAUGUCAUGCAAAGCUGUUGUGAUGUUAGUUCAUAUUUUUGGAAUGUUAACAAGGUCAUAACUUUUGUUUUUUGUAAAUGUUUUCAGAGAGUGAGUAAGUAUUUUGAUGAUAUGCUAUACUAUUUGAAGAAGAUAUGACUGCUGUACGAGUGUGAAAGUUUCUGUCAGUCGUCUCGUAUAGAACUGUUUGUAAAUAUACUGUAUUUAAGUCGUAAGCAUAUUUUAUUAAACUGUGUGAUUCAGAAAAAGUUUUACAAAUUGUUUUAGCCUGAUUAUGAUACAAUAGCAUUUUGAUUGACUUUGUUUGGGUUGUAUCAACCCUCGUGACUAUGAUACAGUGAAAUUUCGAUUGACUUGGGUUUGGUUAUACAAAGACUUAAGACUACUUUUUGUUUGAAAAUCCGUGACGACAGCUUUAGAGUAAAUAUGUUUUGUGAAGUUUCUAUGUUCAGAUUAUAAUGUCCUAAGUGUUUUAUAUAAGCCAAUAUUAUCGAGGACGCCUUAGAAAUCCUAGUAUAACAAACACUUAAGACAUCGAAUCUGGGAUAACCUUGUUUAAAGUACUUAUGAUAAUUUGUUUAUUAAUAUUGAUGAUAUUAUAUUAAAGAAAUUAUUGCAUAAAAUCGAUUAAUUAUUUUAUUAUAAAUGUUGUAAAAGCUGAUACAGUAGAUGUUCUCGUGACUUUUAAUGUAUUUUUAUGACAAUAUUUCGUUUUUGAAAUGUGGUUAAUCCAUCUGUACAACGUAUCAUAUAAUUUCACCUCCUAAGGCGAUAUGAACUGGUAAAUAAAAUUUGUUAGAAGAAAAUAUA